AUGAGACAAUCAGCCCCCAUCAGAGGAGAAAGUAAGUCACCAAAGGAUCACAAACUAAUCCCAUAACGAGUGCUUAUCACAACUAACCAUAGCUGCAUAGGCAUGGAGACAUUAAUCGUCCAAAAUAUCACGGUAAGUAGACCGCUUGAUCUAGACGCCCCGCUCCUACCUGACCGUAGGGAAUCACAGCACGUCACGGUGGACCAACCUGGUGCGAUUCGUCACAUAUCUGAUAUAAAUCGCUACCUCAUUAAUAGGAACAUUCCAAUUGGCGGACAUGUCAUUGAGACAUCAGAUAUUGAGGCAGAUUCUUAGGAUGAUGAUAAGACGCGAUCCUAUAUUGCAGUGCUCUUGUCCUCUUGGAGCUUAAAGACUCUAAGAAAGCCAGUCUCCAGGAAGAAAUUUGUGUAAAUAUCGCAAAUGUUGAAGGAGCUAGUCCUACGGAUGAUGGAAAACCGAACAGGUCCGUUUGUCCAACCUUGCGACUCUGAUGCACAGCCAUGCAGUACGAUUUGACGAAAGUUCUGGCGCUCAUGUCUCGGCAAAUGAAGCUGACUGGGCCGCAAGACCAGAUGAUGAGGGGCUGCUCAUUUCUCAAGCACUUGGUGAGCUCUUAACUACAUUCUUUUCAAUGUCGGCCUGACUGACAUUUAAGACAAAGAUAAAAAGCUGUAUAUUCUGCUCCCUGCUUUAGAGAGACAGAAUCAGAUUGCCAACUCGCUGUUGGGAUCUUUGCAUGACGUAAUUGAUAAUAGAUACAGGGCUAUUAGCGAGGCCCUGCUUUCUCGUGAUUUUAUUCGCCAUUCCGCUGAGCAAGGGGACAAAUUGUCUGAUAGAAAUGGAAAUGAGCAAUGA